GAUGAGGCGCGGACAUGCUCAGUAGCUGAUGUCUCCUCCACAGCAACAGUGUCUACAAUAUUAAGAGGUGGUUUGCCUCAGAAGCACGGUUAGAAAGCCAUCUUUGCUAACGACUAGAGAGAGAAAACCAAGACUAAAUCAUCAAGCAACAAACAAUGUCAGCUGCAAUUGCUUCCCAAGGUGUCAGUGCUGCUUCCAGUCCAGGAGUUCCUUCUCAGAGCAACAUGACCAGCAAUCGGAGACUGCAGCAGGCCCAGGCUCAAGUGGAUGAGGUGGUGGACAUCAUGCGGGUCAAUGUAGACAAAGUACUAGAAAGAGACCAGAAGCUCUCAGAACUUGACAACCGAGCAGAUGCUUUGCAAGCAGGGGCCUCACAAUUUGAAACCAGCGCAGCUAAGCUGAAGAGGAAAUAUUGGUGGAAAAACCGUAAGGUAUACUUGGUUACCGUAUGA